AACCAACAAAUCAAUCUUCAAAACCCCUUUUUCUCAUCAUCCUCCCUCUCCUCUCCAGCAAUGGAGAAAAUGGCAAUUACGCUAAAUCCGGUUGUUGCUUUCCCGGCAAAUACAAAGCCCUCUGUGUCAGUUUUCCGUUCGUUGCCGUGCGGCUUCAAAUCUUCAACCCCAAAUCAGCCCAUUAGAAGCACCAAAAGCUUGGUCGUGAGGGCUUCGAUUGCAGUAGAACAGCAGGCCCAGAAGACGAAGGUUGCAAUUAUCAGAAUCGGAACCAGGGGAAGUCCACUGGCCCUUGCUCAAGCCUAUGAGACACGGGAUAAACUAAUGGCUUCGCAUCCCGAGCUGGCCGAGGAGGGUGCCAUUGAAAUCAUAAUUAUAAAAACCACGGGUGAUAAAAUAUUGAGUCAGCCUCUUGCAGAUAUUGGUGGAAAAGGCCUGUUUACAAAAGAAAUAGACGAGGCCCUUAUUAAUGCAGAAAUUGAUAUCGCUGUUCACUCAAUGAAAGACGUUCCGACUUAUCUUCCUGACAAGACGAUUUUACCCUGCAACCUUCCUCGUGAGGAUGUUCGGGAUGCGUUUAUUUCUCUGAGUGCAGCUUCGCUGGCAGAUCUCCCAGCAGGAAGCACUGUUGGAACUGCUUCGUUAAGGAGGAAGUCACAGAUACUUCACCGCUAUCCCUCACUCAAGGUGCUUGAGAACUUCAGAGGCAAUGUUCAGACGAGGCUGAGGAAACUGAACGAGGGGGUAGUUCAGGCAACGUUAUUGGCGUUAGCAGGGCUGAAACGCCUCGAUAUGACUGAGAACGUUACUUCCAUUCUUCCUAUAGAGGACAUGCUCCCAGCUGUUGCUCAGGGAGCAAUAGGAAUUGCCUGUAGAAGUGACGAUGAGAAAAUGGCCAAUUACAUUGCCUCAUUGAAUCACGAGGAAACCAGACUAGCAGUUGUUUGUGAGAGGGCAUUUCUGACGACCUUAGAUGGCUCUUGUCGAACUCCAAUUGCUGGGUACGCCCGUCGUGGGGAGGAUGGAGACUGCAUUUUCAAGGGUUUGGUGGCCUCCCCGGAUGGAACCCGAGUCAUUGAAACCUCAAGAAAAGGCCCGUACACAUUGAACGACAUGGUUCUGAUGGGCGAGGAUGCUGGCAAGGAGCUCCUGUUGCAAGCUGGGCCGGGCUUUUUUGGUAACUAAAUCAUUCUACAAAUCGGCUCCUAACAUCUAAUGAGUUGGAGAGAGGUUGUGGUUUGUGUACCAGUGAUAGUUGGUAGAGGUUUAUGAGAGGCUCUUUAUGGUUGUUGUAAUUGUUAUGGUGUGAGAUUAAACUGAAUGAGAUUUUUGUAACAUCCCAUUAUUCUUUAUUCCACUUGGUUAGAUUAAGUUGCUACUUCUUUGUUGCUCAACAAUUUUCCAGAAUUGUAGAUGCUGAUGCUUGCUAAAACAAUCUCCAAUGGUUGUGAUCUAUCUGAUCAGUUACUUUAA